UGGAGAAAAGGGUAGAACCGAAAAUAGAAGUAUAGGAGUACAUAAGCAAAUAUGUGGGUGCAGUGAGAAAAAGCUAAACACAUGAAAAUGGGGUGCAUAUAGGAAAACGUCGUGGUGCAGAAUGUAGAGCGCAUGAACGAAAUAAAAGAAGUGGGGUGUGUGCUUAGUGAAAUCGCAGUGCAGAAACUUUAACAUAUGGGAAUGCAUGAAAAUAAUUAAAUAAGCGAGAUGUGGAGGUAUGAAAAUUAAUUAUAGAGGUGCAGAUAAUGAUACUAGAUAAGCAAAAACCGUAACGUAAGCCAUCUAUCUUAAUUCUUAAAAAAAAAAAGGUUAAAUAUGCUUUUAGUCCCUGAAAUUUCACUGAUUUUUGGGUUUAGUCCCUGCAUGAAACUUUGAUAGCAUUUAGUCCUCGUAGUAUGGAAACAGGUACGUUUAGUCCCUAAUUUUGGACGGCGUUAAGUUUUUGGAGAUGUUGGUAACGGCACAGCCACGUCACCACUGUCCACUGCAUGCCACGUAGUUUUAUUUUAAAUUAUUUUGGAUGAGGUUUUUGGUUUGCACGUGUGGGAAGUUACUAGAUGAAUUAGGAUUGGGAUUACAUAAUCACUUAGGUUUUUAAGUGUCAAAUUGGGUUUUUGCAAUUGGGGAAAAGUGAGGUUUCGGGAAACAUUGCACUGUAGUAACAAAUCCUGUAGUUGUUACAGUUGGGAUUUAAUAGGAAUACCCUGUAGGCAUGCUAUUGCUACAAUUAAUUACAAAGUUCAAAACCCUGAAGAUUAUGUCCAUGUUUACUACAAGAAACCAACUUAUGUCACCUGUUAUGCCCCUGAAAUAGUUCCAAUAAAUGGGCAACAAAUGUGGCCAACAUCUGAAAACACCCCUUUACUCCUCCCUCCAAUUUACAAAACACCUCCUGGGAGGCCAAAAAAAUUGAGAAGAAGAGAGGCAGAUGAACCUGUGAGGCAUACAAAAUUGUCCAAGAAGCAGGCUAUUAUGAAGUGCAGCAGUUGCAAAGAGUAUGGGCACAAUGUAAGAUCAUGUAAAAGGAAGAACAGAUAUAAGAACACAAGGGGCAAUUCAAGUUUGGGAGGAUCUGGUAGCAGGCCUAGAUAUGAAGUAGAAGCACCACCAUCAUCUUCACAAGGAGCUGCAGCUGAAGCAACAUCAACAGCACAUAGUGGAGCAUCAAGAGUCCAAGCUGCAGGAAGAACAACCUCAGGACUGGGUACACACCAUCUCGGUUCCCAAGCUAGCACCACUUGACCAAGCUUGAAGAAGACCCUUAUCUUUUUUAAUGUAUUUUGUAGUGUGUAGUACUUUGUUUAAACUGCUGUAGUUGGCAGAUUGUAGGUGGCAGGGACCACUUGUAUUGAAUGCAGAAUAUUGUUUUGUGAGUGGGAAGGGACCACUUCAUGUUUACUUUACUAUUGAAAGCACAAUUUAUGGGACCACUGCUUUUUGGAACCACUUU